AUGUGUGCGUGUGAAUGUGUUACAGGGGGCGCGCUUGGAAACUCCGCUCGUGUUUUACUGUGUGACUUUCAUUUGUAGCAGCAGGCAGGGAGGGAGAAACGCAGACGGGAUAGUGCUCGAAAUCACCGCCACCCGGAAUCGAGUAACUUCCGAGCACUCGCAUUCCAAGCAGACUAGGAGCUGCGGGCAUGAAAUAAGCUACUGCGGGGGACUCGUGCUCGAGCAUCCGCGUGCACCGUCGACUUUUUCCCUCGUUCGUUUUCCGUUUUUGAGCGUUUGCAAGACAACUCCACCGCCUCGAAGAAGCACGGGCGGACGAGCCAGGGAAAGCAGAAGUCUCUCAACUCGCCUCGGGCGAUCGUUCUGCAGGCAUGUCGCAGAAAGAAAGACCCACUUUCUAUCGACAGGAGGUCAACAAGACGAUUUGGGAGGUCCCCGUGCAGUAUCAGAACUUGUCUCCCGUGGGCUCCGGUGCAUACGGAUCUGUUUGCUCUGCGUUUGAUGCAAAGACAGGAUUUAAAGUUGCUGUGAAGAAGCUCUCGAGGCCAUUUCAGUCCAUCAUCCAUGCCAAGCGGACCUACAGGGAGCUGAGGCUACUCAAGCACAUGAGACAUGAGAAUGUGAUCGGCUUGCUGGAUGUUUUUACACCUGCCACAAGUCUGAAGGAGUUUAAUGAUGUGUACCUGGUGACUCACCUUAUGGGCGCUGACCUGAAUAACAUCGUAAAGUGUCAGAAACUGACCGACGAUCACGUCCAGUUCCUCAUUUACCAGAUACUGAGAGGACUAAAGUACAUCCAUUCAGCUGACAUAAUUCACAGGGAUUUGAAACCCAGUAAUCUGGCAGUAAAUGAAGACUGUGAACUCAAGAUUCUUGACUUUGGCUUGGCUCGACACACAGAUGAUGAGAUGACUGGGUAUGUGGCCACAAGGUGGUAUCGUGCCCCUGAGAUCAUGCUCAACUGGAUGCACUACAACGUGACGGUGGACAUUUGGUCAGUGGGCUGCAUCAUGGCUGAGCUGCUGACGGGCAGGACUCUGUUCCCUGGCACCGAUCACAUCGAUCAGUUGAAGCUCAUUAUGCUUUUGGUUGGGACUCCAGGACCCGGGCUGCUAAUGAAAAUAUCAUCAGAGUCUGCUCGUACUUACAUCAGCUCACUUCCUCAGAUGCCCAAGAGGAAUUUUGCAGAUGUGUUUAUCGGGGCAAAUCCACAAGCUGUGGACCUCUUGGAGAAAAUGCUGGUUUUGGACACUGAUAAGCGGAUUACAGCAGCAGAGGCUCUGGCACAUCCAUACUUUGCCCAAUAUCAUGACCCGGAUGAUGAACCCGAAGCAGAGCCUUUUGACCAGAGCUUUGAGAGCCGAGAGCUGGAUAUUGAGGAGUGGAAACGUCAGACAUACGAGGAGAUGAUCAGUUUUGAGCCUCCAGUCUUUGAUGUGGAUGAAAUGGAGUCUUGACCUUUUAUUCUGGAUGGCAGUCAAACCAACUGUACUACUUGUACAGAAAAGCUGUAAUUUGCAGUAUUGUAAUCAGCAAGCCAGUCAGCUGUUUGACUUAUUCUUUUCAUUUACAGUAUAUAUAUAUUUUUCCAAAUAUCGUCUUCUGGGCCAAACAGAAGGAAAAGAUGUCUUAGAAAAUAAUUAUUUUACUCUGUGAACCUCCAAAAAAUGAAAUUAUUUUUUAACAGUUUGCUUGGUCAGUUUCACAAUGUUCGUUUAUGACAUUCAUGCAAGGCCACAUGUAAUUGUAAUGUCUCCCUGAAUAUUCAUACUACUUGGUUGUUCACUCUUUGUACAAUGUAUCACACUUGCAGUAUAUUAUAUUUUAUUUUUAAAUGUUCAAAAAACAUUGUUCAUUUACUUUCUGUUAAAUAUAGAUAUAUUUUUUCCAAUCAAAUGAGCAAUGUAUUUAACAAUUUUACAGCUUCUCAAUCAUUCUGAUGGAUGAAGAAUGUAAAUUGCUGCAUUGGUGAUAUGUUCAGGCUGUUUGUAAAUAUAUAUGCUCCAUUAGGCUGAUGGAAUCUUUACGCAUUUUAUUUUUGAUCUUUUUCCCCACAUAUAUUUUGUGUAUGUUUCUUAGGGAAUGAACAUUUGAUGUUGAUUGUGUGCGUGCGUGCGUGCGUGCGUGCGUGCGUGCGUGCGUGCGUGCGUGUGUGUGUGUGUGUGUGUGUGUGUGUACCUGAGGUUGCUACUGUGAACUGUAUGCGAUCUGAAUGAAUGAUUCUGCCUCCAGUAGCUGUUUUUAAAAUACUAUUAAUUGAAUGUUCAAAUAUGAAAGUAGAGUAAGAUAUUUAUAUACAGUUGAGGUGGUAUUUAUGAACCUGAAAGGCUGCAUCUGUCCGCUUUAGCAUCUGAUAUAGAAAACAUGGACUCAAACACACCAUUGUUUACUGAAAAUAAAGGCCAAUAUUUUUCAGAAA